GUGAUAUGAAAACCAUAAGCAUCACAAUAUUGUUUUGGCUGCUCUCCAUCCUAUUAUUAUCAGAUGAAAGCCAGACUUCUAAAAUAGAAGUCACGUAUAAUUACACUGCAAAGAAUUAUACUUUGAUUCCAGAGAAUAUCAAUAAAGAUGUUACUAUACUUGAUCUCAGUUAUAAUCAAAUUACUCUGAAUAUUAAAGACACAAGGGUUCUACAGACUUAUUUUUUACUCACUGAGCUCUAUUUGAUUGAGAAUAAUGUCAUUAUCUUACAUAAUAAUAGUUUUGGUAAACUCUCCAAUCUAGAAAUCUUAAAUAUUUGUAGAAACUCCAUCCACAUAAUUCAACAUAAUGCCUUUAUAGGCUUAAAUAAACUAAAACAGUUACAUCUCUGUCAAAACAAAAUAUUAGAACUGAAUUCUGAUAUAUUUAUACCUCUAAAAAACCUGAUACUACUGAAUCUGCAAGGCAAUUUGAUAAACUAUUUUGAUGUACCACAAUUGUUUCAUCUGGAAUUCAUAAUUUUAUAUGGAAAUCCAUGGAACUGCUCUUGUAGUCUACUGAGUUUGCAAAACUGGUUGAAUACAUCAAAUGUGACACUAGAAAAUGAAAACAUCACCAUGUGUAGCUAUCCAGAUAUCCUGAACCGCUACAAUAUCAAAAUGGUACCUUAUGAGGCUAAAUGCUACUCAAAAUUUCCUUCACCUAUAACUGCAGACCUUUAUCAUUUUCAGUCCGUUAGAGAUUCAACAUUUAAUAGCUCUUUGAACAACUUAACAAGUAAUUCAGAACGUGAAUCUCAUGGAAAAAGCUGGACUCUUCUUAUUGGUGUUGUAGUCACUGUACUGGUGACUUCACUCCUCAUUUCGAUUGCUAUCAAGUGUCCCGUAUGGUACAAUUUUCUGCUUAGUUAUAAUCAUCAUCGCCUGGAAGAACAUGAAGCAGAAACCUAUGAAGACAGUUUUACUGGAAAUCCAAGUUCUCCUUCACAGAUACCAGAUACAAACUCUGAAGAAACUACAGUAAUAUUUGAACAACUGCACUCAUUUGUGGUAGAUGAUGAUGGGUUUAUUGAAGAUAAAUAUAUAGAUACUCAUGAAUUACAUGAAGAAAAUUAA